AUGAUGCCCCCUCUCUUUAUUUAGUUACAUGUAUUCAUAAUUGACGAUAUGGGUAGUUCUUUUUACUAUGGUAUAUAUGUAUUUGUCAUCUAUCUAUCUAUGGAAAGUUACGUUGACAGAUAAUAACAUUAUUGAGCAGGAGUUAGGGAAGUAUGGUAUUGUAUGCAUAGAAGACAUGGUGCAUCAGAUCUAUAAUGUUGGUCCACACUUUAAAGAAGUUAUUCGACUUAUGUGGCCCUUUGAACUCAACAAACCAGUAGGAGGGUUGACAGGAUCAAAAACCCUUUUCAAGGAUGGUGGAGACUCUGGAAAUCGGGAGGAUCUCAUCAACGAAUUAGUCUCUAAAAUGAAUUAACCUCGCUCAUAUAUAUUGUAUCAAAAUUUUGAUCUUGUUUGUGAUGCCCCCCAAAUCUUGGCUUCAAGGAUCUCAUUUUCUAGUUACUAUUGAUAUUGAUGUUCUUUAGACAAAUUAAGUUAUGUUACUCUCUUUUCUUUUUU